GGAAUUGGAUGACCUACCCACCUCUCCUCCACUCCUCCUCUCCGCCGCCGUCACUGCCACCCACUCCUCCUCUACCACUGCUCUCGCGCGCCUUGCUCCAGUCCAGAGCGCCCAUGGCGGAGGCCGCAAGCGCAGCAGCAGCGACGCCUCUCCUCCCUGGCCUCCCCGAUGACAUCUCCAUCUGGGAGAUCCUCGUCCGCCUGCCCCCCAAACCCCUCCUCCGCUGUCGCGCCGUCUCCCCCGCCUGGCGCCGCGCCACCUCCGACCGCGACUUCCUCCUCGCCCACCACGCCCGCCAGCCCUCCCUCCCCCUUCUCUACGGCGACACUGACGACCUAUUGUCCAUGGAGAUCAUCACCUGCGACCACCGGCACCGGGCAGCCGACAAGCUCCAGUCCGUCGCGCGAUUUGACGACGCCUCUUGCUUCAUUCCCGUGGCCUGCUGUGACGGCCUCCUCGUCUUACGCACCUAUAAUCAGAGGGGUGAGAGGCGCCUCUCCAUCUGCAACCCGGCCACUCGUCAAUAUGCUCCCCUCCACCAGCUUCGUGGCUUCAAGCUCUUGGGGAUGUAUCCACACGGCCCUACCGGCGACUACCGACUAUUGCUCUGCUUGGAAGCUGAUGCUAAAAGUGGCUCCUAUGUCUUCACAUUGGGCUCUGGCCGGCCACCGAGGCGCAUAAGGGGCCCUGAUGCCAAGGAACUGAUGAAUUUCCAUGGAUCUGUUCUUUUCCAUGGCAGCUUGCAUUGGCACACUGACAACCUGAUAAUGGUAUUUGACACCACCACCGAGUCGUUCCGGCAGAUGCGCACUCCGAUUGUUUCUGGCCAUGUCAUUGCUGGCCUGUUUGAGAUGGGUGACAUGCUUGGCACGUUCAGCCUUAAUGACGAAGAGACCAUUGUUGAUAUCUGGGUGAUGCAGGACUAUCAAGGCCAAGUCUGGGCCUCCAAAGGCCGGGUUGAAUUUCCCAUUGAAGAGCUCAUGGCGCAAUCUGAAGAUCUUGGUAGUUGCUGGCUAGUGGAGGCCACAUAUUGGGAUGGUGAUCUGCUGGUGCUGGCCAAAUUUGACAACGGCUCGCUACAUCAGGUUGACAUUGAUGGCAAGUUGGUUGACAGUCUCGGUCACAGACUCCUCUAUCCUACCCCACUUCGGCUGAAACAAUCUCUAGUUCCACAUACCUUCUUUCCGGCACUAGAGGGUUAUGUUGUCAAUGCUUCGCCUUUCAUCUGACUUCAGCUCAAUGACUUGCUAUAUUUCUUUGAAUAUCAUUUUGGGCUGAAGUGGCUGACGUGAGUGAUGAUGCUAAAAUUACAAGUCAUUUGGAUCAGCGUUUGAAAUGUUUGCCGAUUACUCUGGAUCAUGACUAUGUUUUGUUGAACUCAGUUAUGGGCUUCUUUUUUCCCCGUUAUAUAGUGUUCUGCUUAGUACUUAAUUACUUGGUUGUUUUGGUUAGCGUUUGAAAUAGCUGUCGAUUGAUCUACCUCAUAUAUCUGUUUUUCUCUGAAAUGAAGAAUUGCCUUAGUUUUUCUUA